AUUAGAAAGUUGACAUCCGAGCGGUUAAUCAGUCAACACACAUUUCGACUUAAUCAAACGUUCUUCCUGCUUCUCGUAUUGCAGGGUCAGCAAGAAACAGAAACCGAUGUAACUGCGACGUUUCAAAUGGACUUUAGAAUUCUAUAGUUGUUGAUAUUUCACAGGAAAAUGGAACGAAGAAUUGGGGUCGUGCUGCUACUGCACGUUGUGGCUAUCUCAACAGGAGCUGUGAAUGAAACAGCUGUUUCCUCUACAACCAUUCCUAUGACAGAACUUUCUGUGCCAAUAGAACCAACCCCAAACACAACCAUUUCGACUGAAAAUAUUGUUCCUCCCCUUCCCAAGAUUGAUACCUCAUUGAAUCUCCCUGGAAGUGGGACAUCAUUGCUGAAUGUCACUUUAGAUCACUUGAAUCAACCUGCUCAGGGCGAUGGUACCAAACGAAACAGUGUCCCCAAAAAAGGAAUCAACAAGGAACCGGUCAAACCCAGAAAAGGAGCAGAACCUCCACCUGUAGAACAUGUCAACAUCACCAAAACGACCACAAAUGCUACAUUCAAAUCCAAGCCGUUGGCUUCAGAAACUCAGAGCACUGAAGAUGAAGUGUCAUCACAACCAGACUACACAGCUCUGAUUGUUGGCUUGUCCCUCGGUAUAGCUAUGGUACUCAUUCUCGCUUCAGUGACAUACUGGCGACUCCGGGACGUGUGGGAACGUCGUCAGUACAAGCGAGUUGACUUUUUAAUUGACGGUCUGUACACAGACACCUAAACGUAACGAGUUCAACCUACUGUGUAUAAUGCAAUAAGUCGUGCUUUCAUUUGCCCUUUCUCUCUCAACUCACUUAUUAUACCCCAAAUAAAUAAAAAAAUACAUUUCAAAAUAUUAUCAUCA